AUGUGGGAAGCUUGUGGCUUUGAACCGAGAUACCGUUUAGAAGUUCUCAAGAGAAAAUACCUUUUAAAGAUUAGUGAGAAGAAUGCGGGUUUAGGUCUGUUGAUGAAAAAAUCAAAAUUCUUGUCAAUGCACGAUCAGAUUCGUGACAUGGGAAGGAGAAUUGCUGACAACCAAAGCCCUACGGAACCUGGUAAACAUAGCAGGUUAUGGCCUCGUGACAAUAUCAUGAAGGUAUUACAUGGUAGUAAGGGGAAUGAAAUUGUUGGAGAUCUCCCCCUUUGGUUUGGCCACAUUGUUUUAAAUAUUAAAAGUUUUGAGAAUAUGUCCAAUCUAAGAUUACUAGAAGUUGAUGGAGCAGUCUUGCUGGGGAAAUUUCAGUAUCUUCCUUCUAUGUUAAGAUGGCUGAGUUGGUGUUAUUGUCCAUUGGAAAAACUAUCUGCUGAUUUUUAUCACGACAAAAUAGUUAUGCUCGACUUAAGUUUUGGCAUCUUUAAACUUGAUUCAAAUAACUGGCUUGAAAAUAAGAUGUUUCAACAAUUGAAAAUUCUUAAACUCAGUUCUUGUUGGAAGCUGUUUGAAUCUCCUGACUUCUCAGGAUUUCCUCUGUUAGAGAGGUUGUAUCUUAAUUGUUGCCCUUUUUUGGUUAAUAUUCAUGAAUCCAUUGGGCAGCUCCAGCAGCUCGUUUACUUGAACUUGGACUCUUGCAUUGAUCUUAAGAAACUCCCAAACAGUAUAAGUAGGUUGAGUUCUCUCCAGAAGCUUAUUCUCAGUAAGUGCAGCUCACUUAAAGAGUUGCCCGAGUCCAUUGGUGAUCUAAAAGAAUCUUUGGUUGAGCUUUUCUUGGACCGUACAAGAAUGAAAGCACUUCCUGCUAGUGUUGGACUGUUAAAGAAGAUGGAGGUCUUGGAUCUUUUAUACUGCAAAAGUCUAGUGGAUCUGCCAAAGUCAUUGGAAAAUAUGUCAUCUUUGCGAUGCAUUAUCCUGUGGGGAAAUGCCAAGCUUCGAUACAUACCCAAGCUGCCCUGUGCUUUAAUUGAACUUCGUCUUUGCAAUACAUUGGUAAGAUCAAAAGACGUGCAUGAAAUGAAUCAGUUGGAGUUAUUGUGCCUUAAAAAAUUUUCUGCAAAGGAGGAGCAGUUUACAAGAAGCAUUGUGAGGACAAGUUUCGAUGGAUUGGUGCAGUCUGGAUUGGAAUUUAUCUGUGUUCAUUAUUCGCGGCUGAUGCAUGGCCUGGUGAGGUCCUUUAUCUUCUGUUAUAUCUACCUACCUUAA